CCGGGCGGCGCAGGCGCGCGGGCCGCGGCCACAGUCUCGCGCCUGCCGCCGACUAGCGCGCACGUCCGCGCGCCUUAGCUCGCACAAUCAGCUGAUCGGCGCGCGCCCCGCGGCGCACAUGCCGUGAGGCCGCGCCCGUUACGAUGACGGGCUACGCCCGCGGCGAGGCCGACUUCGCCGCCGCCGACCGCUUCGGACGGGACGCGCGGCCCGCCUCGCUCGCCCCCAAGGAUUACUCGGUGCCUUUACACGUAGACUGCAGUAUCGAAUACGAGCUUCCCGAUUGUGCCAAGCCACCGCAGGGCGUCAAGAUCGAGCCGCUGCUCAUGAUUCACCCGUCGCACUUCCGGAGGCUCGAAAGCCUCAGGCGGGUGCCGUUCGUCAACAACCUUCCCCGAGGAGAUGUAGCCAGCGCUGCAGGAGCCGCGGCGACAGCCUCGGCGGCCGCUCCAGACGCGAGAGCGCGAGGGAGAGCGGUCCGACGCUGCUGUCGAGCGGCACCAGCCCCGCCUGCGCCACCGCCACAGCCUGCCCAGGCGCAACGCGCCAGAGCUCCUGAGGACGCUCGGCGUUACCGGUUCGAGUAUGCACCGGAGGGCGGCGGCAAACUAGCAGCACGAGCUCGACUCAAGCCUCACCCGUACCUGCCGCCCGAAGCGCUCGACUGUGAUAUAGCGCGCGCGCUGCCGCCCGCCGCGCACUACGAGCGCUUCGACAAGCGGGCGCUGCAACAGCUGCCGAUCUACAUGUAGCCGGGGCCGGUCUCUGUGAUGUUUCGUUGUAAUUAGUUAGUGAUAAGUGCCGCGCGGUGCGACCGCGCCGGGCCCGGGCCCGCCGCCGCCGCGCCGCGUAUGAACCGAAUACCAAAUAGUACCUAUGUGCGUUGAUAUUGUUUGAACGUUGAUUUAUGUGUUUCUGUGCCGGACGAUGUGACGCGUACUCGCCGCAGCCCGCCGGCCGUCGCCCGCGCGACGACGCCGGCGCAUACCCACCAACGAAAGUAUUUAUUCGCAGUCGCCGUAACCGAUGCUUCAUGAUAAAUUAUUGUACCGUCGCUAAUUCGUUGCGUAUUUCUGUAUAAGAUAUCAUAUCGAUAAUAAUUAUAUGUUCAAAAAUUGUAUUAUAAUAAAUAUGUACCUAUAGAGUAAAAAAAUGAAAGUGAGAAAAAUAUUACGAAUAAAACUAGAAAUAGUUAUGUUUUCGAAUAGGUGAUGAGUUCUAGAACAGUCCUGAGUGGUAAACUAGAAUCGUACUCUACUCUCAUUUUGUAAGCAGUUAUGUUUGUUAAAAUUAUAUAUAAAGAGUCCUCUGAUGAAUAGUCUGAUUAACAAAUAUUCGGCAUGUAAAAGUCUUUAUAAAACGCUUACUUAGCAUAUCAUAGUAUUAUAUUGUGUCAUAGUCCAAUGCCAAAAAUAUAACUAUCUUUUUACAAAAAUCCCUAAA